AUGUCCCCAGGGUUGUCCCCAGCGUCCCCGGAGAUGCCACCCCUGCGUACCCUUGUGUCCCCUGGAGAUGCCACCCCCGGGUACUCCCCCUUAUGGGAGGCCACGCGGGUGCUGAUGCUGCUCUCGGUGCUCACCGCCGCUGGCGGCCUCGCCCUGGGGCUCUCCGUCGUGGCCAGCGCUGCCCGGCGGGCGCGUGCCCGCGUGGCUGGCAUCACCCUGCUCCUGGCUGGUCUGCUGGCGCUGCUGGGGCUGGCGGUGUACACGGCCGGCACGGUGAGCCUCCUGGGGCCGGCCCGCACCGCCUGGCGCUUCUCCUGGUCCUACAUCCUGGGCUGGGUCGCCGUUGUCCUCACCAGCUCGGCAGGGCUUUUCCACCUCUGUGCCGCCGCCAAGGACCCGUCUCCGGAGAGCUCUGAUGUGGUGGGUGCCUGA